ACUUGACUGUCACUUUUGUAAUGAGCAAAGUGACAGAGAACCUAGACUGUGGUACGUUCAAGACCGUUUUAAAGAUUUCGAUGAACGAGAAGUUGAACUCGAUAUGAAUAACAACAUGUCAAUAAAUCGUAUUCAUUUGACGACUGACUUCAAUUUGGUUUUUAAUUAUUUUGAAAAACAAGACGCUGGUAUUUAUAGAUGCCAUGGAUCAUUAGGACAAGAUGUUGAAAAUCAAUAUAAUUAUCGCCUAGAGCCCAUUUUCCAAAGAAAUGAAACUUACGAUGACAUGCACAGAGGAAAUUUGACUGAUUGGGAAGAGUAUAGAGAAAUUAAUUUAGUGCCAGUUGCUCACCGAUUUGCUGUAUCAUUAAUGAGACCUUUGGCGAUGAUACGAGAUGCCGGUGUAACUUUAGAAGUUAUUAGUGAGUGGACAAACUGGACACCUUGCGAUAGAUGCUCAGACAAUCGCGGAAUAAAAACUAGUUUAGCCCAAUGUCGAUUAAAAAGUCGCAUUUCAACUGCAGAAGCAACUUUUAAAUCUCCAGACACGAUAUUUUUUUUUGAAAGAUCUCCACUGCUGCCUUGCAGAUCACAAUUGUUGGAAUUCUUGUUUCCGAUAGUAAGCGACGCGGUGCGAAAUUUACCUGAAUUUUUAAUGGAGCAACCGUGUGAGAACUGUGUAAAGAAAAAGAAGAAAGUUAUAAAAGACAAAUUUAAAUACAAAAAAACUAUGGCUUUGGUUGAGGGGGAACACUUUUCGGUGAUUUGCCCCGAUGCUGACUUAGAUUCGGUUGUCGUCUGGCGAAAAGAUGGAAUCAUUCUCAAGCCUGGAAUAAAAACAGUCUAUAGUUUAUUUGAUUACGACAACGAGAAUCACGUCCACGUUGAUCCAUUUUUGACACUUUAUUUUGUUAAAGUAACGAAAAACGAAAAGGGAAACUAUACUUGUUAUGUUGAUAAUCAAAAAAUGUUACAGCUUAGAAUUUAUAUUGACUCCAAUGCUCCGAUUUUUACAGAAGCUGUCCUGAGACAUAUGAAGUAUAUCGGCUACGCUUUAUUGAUGGCAUUCUUCGUUUACUGCGCAAGAGUAUUCCUUAUAUGUAAAAACCGCCAUAAAUAUCUAAAGUAUACUUAUGAAAUGUAUUUGGAAGAUCGCGCUAAGAAAGAAAACUAUGACGAGGACCGGGAACUUUUGUGGAUGGCCGAAGCUAUUGGAUAA